CCGGGGGGCUUGACUCGCCGACGAGGCGGUGGUCGAGCCGGUGGCGCAGAUGAACAAGAUGACAGUCGAGUGUCGUCGCCUGUGUCAAGGAAUGGCUCCGCGAUGGACCAACGUGGUCCGGAGACGUCGUUCACCAGUGGAGAGAAUGGUCACAAGAUCGCAUUCGACCCCCGCGACCUCAGCGAAACCGAAGAGCGGAGCAAGCAACCCAAGUUGACCCUAAUGGAGGAGGUACUGUUGCUGGGACUUAAGGAUAAGCAGGGUUACCUGUCCUUCUGGAACGAGAACAUUUCCUACGCCCUACGAGGAUGCAUUGUCAUAGAGCUCGCCCUCCGUGGCCGUAUAAGCAUGCAGAAGGAUUCUUCGCGGCGACGCUUUCCCCUGGCCGACCGCGUGAUCGAGGUUAUCGACGACACAUUGACCGGGGAAGUCUUGCUGGACGAGGCACUAAAGAUGAUGAAGUCGAGCGAGAAGAUGAGCGUUAACUCGUGGAUUGAUCUGAUGAGCGGCGAGACCUGGAACCUGAUGAAGAUCGGCUACCAAUUGAAACAAGUGCGCGAGAGACUGGCCAAGGGCCUUGUGGAUAAGGGCAUUCUGCGGACCGAGAAACGGAACUUCCUCCUCUUCGAUAUGGCGACGCACCCGGUGGCCGACGGUGGCGCCAAGGACGACCUGCACCGGCGGGUGCGCAACAUCUGCACUAACCGCACGGUUAUCAUCCCCCCAAACACAUGGUUGCCCGAGGAUGCUGAGUUCCGCUACCUCCGUACGGUCGUAAUGGUCUGCGCCGCAUAUGCGGCCAACGUGUUGGAAAAUGCUUUGGUUACAAUGAGUCACGAGGCGCGGGAGAGAGCGUUCGCUCAGGUCGACGAGCUGCUCGCGGAAUACUCUCAACAUCCGUUCGCACGCAGGGCGGGUGGCUCGCAGGCAAUUGGUGCCAACCUGGCCCAGGCCAUCAACGACGAAGUGAACCGCAAGGACCGGGAGCUCCAAAUGGAGAUCGUCGCUGCAUGCUUGAGUGUUUUCACCAGACUUGAUUCCCUACUCUAA